CUUUCUCUCUCUAUCUCUCUCAGUUUCAGAGAGAUCAAAGAGGCCAACGCAAAAAAACAAAAUCAUAGCUUUUGCAGAAACGGUGACGAGAGAGAGAGAAAGAGAGAGGGUUAUAGAGUCAGGGGCUAUUUGAGAUUGCCCUUGAAAUUUUCUUCUUUCAUCUUCUUUCCCUUUUUUGUUCUCUCUUUCUCGUUUUGUUUUUCCAGAUUUGUCUUACGAAUCCAUUCUCAAAGAUACCCAAAAGUGGUAGGGAAGCAAAGUACUGUUCUUUCUCUUUUUUUGAUAAAAUCGGCGGUGAAAGAAAGGAAUUUUUUUUUUUCAUUUCCCGAGAUUCUUGAAAAUUGAAGAAGAGGAAGAAGAAGAAGAAGAGGAAUAGACCUAAUUUGGUUUUCAAAAUUUAGGGCUUUUUUGAUUUUGUGGGGUAAUGGAGACAGAGAGUAUGGAGUGCGUUUCGUCUAACGGGAAUGAGAUCCAUCAGAACGGUAAUGGUCACCAAAGUUAUCAGUUUUCUUCGACCAAGACUCACGCCGCCGCUGCCGCCGUUGUUACCAAUAUUGUUGGUCCGACUGCUACUGCUCCGGCUACUAGCGUCUAUGAGCUUCUUGAGUGCCCUGUCUGUACCUAUUCUAUGUACCCUCCUAUCCAUCAGUGUCAUAAUGGACACACGUUGUGCUCGACUUGUAAAGUGAGGGUGCAUAACCGGUGUCCAACUUGUAGACAAGAACUUGGAGAUAUUAGAUGUUUAGCUCUUGAGAAAGUUGCUGAGUCGCUUGAGCUGCCUUGCAAGUAUUACAAUCUUGGAUGCCCUGAGAUAUUCCCUUACUACAGCAAUGCACGCUGGUUCCACUUUUAACCAUCGCUACGUCAAAUCCAAUCCGCGUGAAGUGGAGAACGCUACUUGGAUGCUAACCGUAUUCCAUUGCUUUGGGCAAUACUUUUGCCUCCAUUUUGAAGCGUUCCAGCUCGGGAUGGGUCCGGUAUACAUGGCAUUCUUGAGAUUCAUGGGGGACGAGGAAGAUGCACGGAGCUACAGCUACAGCUUAGAAGUGGGAGGCAGUGGAAGGAAGCUGACAUGGGAAGGAACACCAAGAAGCAUCAGAGACAGCCACAGGAAAGUAAGAGACAGCAACGACGGUCUCAUCAUCCAAAGGAACAUGGCUCUCUUCUUCUCCGGGGGGGACAGGAAAGAGCUUAAACUUAGAGUUACUGGUAAAAUCUGGAAAGAACAGCACAGUCCAGAUUCUGGCAUUUGCAUGCCAAACCUAUCUUCUUCCUGAUCAAUUCAUUCUUCUUUUCUUUGUCGUUUUGUUCUCUCUCUUUGAGAAGGAAUGUUGUAUGAUGAUGAUGAUUGGUUUGCACUCAGUCUUCUUUGUUUGUAUCUAUAACAGUUCAUGAAUGAAUGUUUGAUCUUAUAGCCUUA